AUGCGCCAGCUCCGCCGCUUCGCGAGCGCGCAGACCGUGCGCUUCGCGCCGUCGCCGACGGGCGCGCUGCACGUCGGCGGCGCGCGCACGGCGCUGUUCAACUACCUCGUGCACCGGCGGGCCGUGCUCGAGGGGCGGCCGAGCGCCUUCGUGCUGCGCGUCGACGACAGCGACGCCGCGCGCAACGUGCCCGGGUCCGAGGCGGCGAUUUUAGGCGACCUCGCAUGGCUCGGCGUCGAGUGGACCGCGGGCCCGCUGCGGUCGUCGGAGCGGUCGGCCGUCUACGCGGCGGCCGUGGAUAAGCUAUUAGCGUCCGGCGCGGCGUACCGCGACUUCGACGGCGACGCGGCGAAAUGGCGCGGCGCACCCGAGGCCGACGUCGCCGCGCGCGUCGCGGCGGGCGAGCCGCACGCCGUGCGCUUCCGCGUGCCGCGCGAAACGGGCGUCGCCGUCGAGGUCGACGACGUCGUCCGCGGCACGCUGCGGUGGGCCGACGUCAACAAAGCCUGCCGCGAGGACUUCGUGCUCGCGCGGCGCGACGGGCGCCCGCUCUACGUGCUCUGCUCGGCGGCCGACGACGCGGCCCUGGGCGUGUCGCACGUCGUCCGCGCGGAAGAACACGUGUCGAACACGCUGCGGCAGGCGCUCGUGCUCAUGCUCGACGCGCUCGGCGCGGCGCGGCCGACCUUCGCGCACGUGCCCCUCGUCGUCGACGCGGCGGGCAAGAAGCUCUCGAAGCGGCGGGGGCCCGCGGGCGCCGGCCCCGAGGAAGCAGCAGCCGAGGACGGGGCCCGCGGCCGG